UCUGUAGCAGGUGGCUCCGGCCCUGCUGAUGCCAGUAGGUCUUCUGGAUAAAAAAAAAAACAGGGUCGGAGUGAGACCUCCACCCUAUCGGUGGGUCUUAUUUGGUGUCCGGAAACAAGGUCGGAGUGAGACCUCCUGUUCCCGGUUGUCUGACAGCUGCUCGGUGUGUAACGGAAGACAUUUUGAGCUUUCGGUGGUCCCGGGGCCGUUAUCGGAGUGUCAGCCUGAAGUCGGGGCUGAUGUACUGGACUCUGCGACGUGAAAAAGUCGAGCUUUAACGGAACAUCGCUGCAGUUUGUGUAGCCAAGCUAGCUUAGCUCACAGCCGCACAGCUAGCACACUCCUAGAUGCUAGUUAGCUAGCGACACCUAGCUGGCCUCCUCCUCCUCCUGCAUCUCCUCCUCGACAACCGGUCCCUUCUCGCAGACAUAAUGGCUUUAAAACGAAUUUCUAAGGAGCUAACCGACCUGUCCAGAGAUCCUCCGGCUCAGUGCUCCGCCGGUCCUGUCGGCGAAGACAUGUUUCAUUGGCAAGCUACUAUUAUGGGACCUCCUGACAGUCCCUAUCAGGGUGGCGUAUUUUUCCUGACUAUUCAUUUCCCUACAGAUUAUCCCUUCAAACCACCCAAGGUCGCCUUUACGACGAGAAUUUAUCACCCAAAUAUUAACAGUAAUGGCAGCAUCUGUUUGGAUAUAUUGAGAUCACAGUGGUCUCCAGCAUUAACUAUCUCUAAAGUCCUUUUGUCCAUUUGUUCUCUGUUAUGUGACCCGAAUCCCGACGACCCGCUAGUGCCAGAGAUCGCCCGCAUCUACAAAACAGACCCUGUGAGGUAUAACAGACUAGCCAGGGAGUGGACAGAGAAGUAUGCCAUGCUGUGAGGGUACAACAAGACGGCUCAGGACUGGACUCAGAAAUACGCCAUGUGAUCUGCCUCCUGCUGUUUUCUCAUGUGGCCACGCCCCCGUCUCAUCCACCUGUAACAGCAAUUUGUUCACCUUUCCUUCCCGUCCCAUCCUUUGAUUUUUAUCGCUUGUCUGUUUGGGUUUUUUCUGCUUUCCGGGUGAAGGGCUGAGACUCUGAGCCGUCAACGUGCCAACUGAGAAACCAGGAAGCAGAGCGGACUCACUGCUCCCGCAGAUGAGACCGCUUUUAAAAAAAAAAAAAAGAAGAAGAAGGCUUUUUGGUUUCUUUUGUUUUUAGACCGUUAGAGCCGUUAGUUCAUCCAUCAUCCAACACUGUCGUCCUCUUUUUGCACUGGAACACAAACCGAGCUCCCCGCGGCUGAUCGAUCAACUAAUAGCUCCGUGAUGGUUUUUCUCAAUAAAGCUGAACAAAUUGCA